GCCUACGGGGAGUUUUCAAAGCAGUGGGCUGGCAGUAAGCCGUCGGCUUUCACAGCGUGUGUUUCGCUGGUGCGUUGUAUACCGGUUGCUGAACGUAGGUUAUGUUACGAUCGUUCUGCUAGAAUUCGAUAUUCAACGUUUUUCCUCUUCUAGGAUACAGCACGCGAUACGAUUUACGAUUUGUUACGAUUUCUGAGUGCAGUCUCGUGAUAGGUGUUGUUGAUGUAACAUCGAGACGCUUAACGUAACGUUGUUGAAUCUUGCAAUGCUUUACGAAAAACAUUCGCGAGUAUAUACGCGUUGGUUGAAAUUAUCGGUAAUCGUGCGAGGUUGAAAGAUAUUAGCUGUACAAUCGGCGUGGGACUUUGUCGAAAAUAGAGCUGGUGUAAAAAGGAAUGGAUUUCACUGAAAGUGACUGAAUGGUUGAACGAUUUAUCGGUUAAGAAGAAAAAGAGCGCGCGGCGAAAGCCAUUUGAAACCACCCAGUAAACACGCAAUCUUCUCGAGUAGACGAAAGUUUAUGUUUGACGACAAAUAUCAAACGAAUCGGUUAAGAUCGCCGGCGCGUGCUUAGUGACGGGAGUCGUUGUAUUUAUCUUUGGACGUUAACGGUGCUGAAGUGAGAGAUAUCGGUUUUCUUUUGGAGAAAAGUCUGCUGUGGACCGUUGGGACGUAAUUUUCACCCUGGAAACUCGGUCAUGGCGGUUCUCGGAUUCGAAAAUCACGGAAUCUGAAACGUUUUCCCGGCUUCCUGGUAAAUUGGUUUUUCGUCGAGAUCUGAAGAUGACGACACCGGUCGAGCGAGGACUGCUUGUCUUGUCGCUCCUCACUGCGAUCUGUCAAGGCAACGAACUUAAGGACUACUGUUCCAAGCACAAAUUCGACAAUUUACCACCCGGUGGCCUCAGGUUUACGAAGGAGGUCGUGACAACAGAGUACGCGAACAUCGGAGCGUUCAAAGCGCUUCACUGUUGUCUACGAGGAUACAGGAGUAUCGAAUGGUACAAGGACAACAGGGCUUAUCCAUGGCCAGGCGGGGAGAGCCAUUUCAUCCUGUAUCCGGAGAGCGCGAACCAGACGAUUUACGCGCAGAAGGUGAGAAGCUCCGACGCGGGACGAUAUUCUUGUCAGGCGAGGAACGACACCACCAUCCUCGAAGGAGAUAUCACGCUCGCCGUCCUCGGGGAAAAGUCUGGCGGAUAUACCGGGAAACCAUUGCCAACGUACAGGCCGGCCUCGCAAUUGGUUCCCCUGGGAGGAGCGGCGAGAUUAUUUUGCGAGGCAUACCUGGGAAAGGUCGAGCUUCCGGACGCGAAAAAUUCGGUAACCUGGUCGAAGAGCGACAGCAACGUCACGUUACCGAGUCACGGCAGGAUCGCCCAGCAUAGCGUGUCCAGGGAGAACAAUCAGAUCAUCGGCUCUUACCUGGAAAUCGAGGACAUAACUCUGGAAGAUUACGGGGAGUACAAGUGCGAAGUUAGCAACGGCGUGGACGAAGAGAUCACGUUACCCGCUCACGUUUAUCGGCAAGAGCCACAGUUCGCGUUGGAAGUACAAAACGGAUCCUGGAGAAGGUCGUUUCUGGUAGGCGUGCUGGUGCUGGUUCUGCUGAUCUCGGUCGGCGCGUUUUACGCGCGCUGUUGGCUGCCUUUGGUGCUGCUCUGCCGGGACAAAUUCGCCCCUCUCGAGGAGAACGAUGGAAAGGAAUGCGACGCUCUGGUGUGCUACCACGAGAAAGACUCGAGCCUGGUCAUCGGUAUAGUGAUACCCACGCUGGAAUCGAGGCACCGGUACAAGUGCACGGCGCUGGAGCUCUCCCAGUUGAAUCAGAAUUGGGGUGUGGAGAUCGGGCCGCACGCCGUUUCCAGUCGAAGAGUCAUCGUGGUGCUGAGCCCAGAGUCGCUGGGAAACGUUUGGAACGAGACGAACGUGGGGGUUGUCCUGAAUCAGCUGUCUUCUCUCACCACUCGAACGAUAGUCAUCAUCACCAAGAAUCUAUUGAACACGACCGCGAUCGCGAAACGAUCGAGUCGAGCUUACAACAACAUACGCGAAUACUCGCUCGAUCGUUUGAAGGUCUUGCAUUGGAACGACACCGGCAACUUAGGUUCCGGCAGCCACACAUUUUGGUACAAGCUGCGGCUCGCAAUGCCACCGAUUCGACCGAUCAGCUCCGAGAGCGGCUGCCAAUCGGUCGCCAUGAUCGUUCAGGCGAACGGAAAAUGCGGACAGCAGAAGGCUCGAUCGCGCGAAAGUCUCGAAGUUCUUGUUUAAAACGGAGGAAAGCGAAACGAUGGAACAAAGCAAACGACGUAAUGGAUCCUUACGUAGUAUAUACUUACAUAUACCUACGUAGUCUCUUCACCCGCGUUUCUCUUCCUUUCGCUUUUGUACGAAAGCGGUGACAAGGCCAAGUUUCCGCGCGCUUGUCCAAGUACCCAUGCGUUUCGCGCAGAAUCAGACGUUCGAAAACGCUCGUUCGCGUAGCGUAAUAAACGCGCACCACGUUGACGCCGUUUCCUCGCCGAAUCUCGCAAAUAACCGCAUCUACGGAACUGUAACUUUCAAAAAUGUAGUGGUUUCGACGCUCGGGCAACCGAUGCGCGAUCGUGUGUUGUCAUUCUAACUUGUGCUUUUUACGUUGCGACGUACCUCUUGGACGCUCCUCGGCGUAUGUCUGCAAGGAGUGUCUUUUAAUUUUACUUUGGCCGCAAACCGUACUGUGUAGGACGAGCGAAAUUCAUAAAUUUACUUAAACGUUCGCUGGUGGAAAGCGAAACUUGAUUUUAUCGCGACAAAUUGCCACGGACGCGAGUAGGUUCGACCAUAUCGAAAGAUACGCGCGCCAUCCUCCAUCCUGUUUUAUCUUCUGCACGCGGAGCAGACGCGACGACUGAUCGCGAUCGGCGAAAUUCGAGGAAAGAGGAAUUCAGGCGAAGCGCGCAGUCUUCCUUUUCGCGCGAGCACGCGGCGCUUCGAGCGAAAAAAGAAAAAAAAGAAAAAAAGA